GUCUAUGUUAGUAAAAGAAAAUAUACUGCUGUUAGCAUUGUAAGAUACAAUGUAGAAUACAGUGUAAGAAGUAAAGAUUUUUAUUAGUUUAUGUCAUGGCUGUUGUAAUGUUAGAAAGUCAUACCUAGAGACAUUGUUUUGGUAAUUCACAGUAUUGUAAAAAAAACUUGAGAAAGAGGAUGUAUUAUGUGUGUAUUCGUAGGUCAGAGUGCGUAUGGAGGUUUUGUAAAAUGGAAGUCUGCUGAAUAAACGUGUGUGUUUAAUACUGCGGUGUCCGAGUCACAUUAACGCCACACUGCUAGGGACUGGUAUAGCUCUUGUUCUGCUUGUAAGGAUAAGUGCCAGGAGGGAGAUCAUUGAAGGAGGAGGGAUGAAUAGACAAGGGAGUCGCGCAACGAAUGAUUCCUACGGAAAGCAGAAAAUGGUGUGGGAUGAAGAUGUGCUCGGUGGUUGGAUCCCUGGUGUGGUGGUGGGAGGGUACCUUCUCCAGCACAACCAUUCAGGCAAGCUGUUCCGCCCUCCUUCCUGUCCACUCAGAAACCGGUAUGCUGUUGAGUGGCUCCCGAUUCGUCCAAUCGAGUAAGCUGCAAUAGAAUGUCCCGGUGAACGCGGAAGGAGCUUUGUUUGGAUCGGGACGGCGACGGAGGAAGAUGAACAGUCGGUGCAACGUGCAGUGUUACGGCCAGGGAGAUGUCCAUGACAAGAUUGUAAAGAAGCUGAAAAUCACCCGUUGUGCAGAUCCAGGUGUUCCCUGUGUUCUCUUUGUCUACAAUGUGUCUCGUGAAGCUGAGGAUCUUCAAAAUGCCCUCCAGUGGGUCAAAGGAAAACAAGGGGUGAGUAGAGAAGACGUCUGUGCUGUGAUCCUGCUGGAAAAGUCUUUGGCUAAGGAGAGUAAGCCGGAGGAUGUUGCUCACCAGGGAAUGUUUGAUGAUAAAACUGUGGUUGUCCGAAUUCUCUGGAAACGGAAGAACUCAGCUAGUAAGAUUCGGAAGGGUCCCAGGAGCAACUCGAAUGCAAUGAGGAAAAUCAGAGCAUCCAUCGAGAAGCGUCAGGGGUCGGGUAAGGAUCCACAGGGUGGUGAUAUUCCAUCGAUGAUGAACAAGUCUUCCCCAUCGAACAACACCACGAGCUCGAAGAAGGUUCAGUGUAAUGUGCAGUGUUGCGGUCAGGGAGAUGUCCAUGACAAGAUUGUAAAGAGGCUGAAAAUCACCCGUUGUGCAGAUCCAGGUGUUCCCUGUGUUCUCUUUGUCUACAAUGUGUCUCGUGAAGUUGAGGAUCUUCAAAAUGCCCUCCAGUGGGUCAAAGAGAAACAAGGGGUGAGUAGAGAAGACGUCUGUGCUGUGAUCCUGCUGGAAAAGUCUUUGGCUAAGGAGAGUAAGCCGGAGGAUGUUGCUCACCAGGGAAUGUUUGAUGAGAUAACUGUGGUUGUCCGAAUUCUCUGGAAACGGAAGAACUCAGCUAGUAAGAUUCGGAAGGGUCCCAGGAGCAACUCGAAUGCAAUGAGGAAAAUCAGAGCAUCCAUCGAGAAGCGUCAGGAAAGCGCUCGUGUAUCAGACGGUCUCAAGCUUUUAUGAUCGGCCUCUUCCUCGCAGUUCUACUUUGGCAAGCGUACCCAACUAGACAAGAUCCUGUGUGAUAUCCAGAGAAGAGAUCAGGACAGAGAAGACACUGAUCCCAUGGAAUGGACUUGGUCUUGUACCCUUUCGGGGCUUAUAGAAACUGUAAAGGGGGGGCAAUUGAAGAACCUUGAUUGAUAUAUGAAAAAGACUUUAAUGUCACCCCACACAAGGGAAACUAUACAAGGGAGUGGCAGGUCCAGUAUGGGGGAACUUCAUCUAUUAUCACAAGGUCACAGCUACCUGUCGUCAUUCCUGACAAAGGGUCUUGGAAGGAAAGACAUUGCAGGGAGUUUAAAAGCUGAUGUUUCUGUAGCAGGCAAUUUCUUUUUUAUGAGUUCCAGUUGCAAGCUCAAUGCUCAACCCAGAGUGGAAAGCAUGCCUAGGAGCCUAGGCUGGGUUUGAACCGGGGAGCCUUCACUCUGAAGUCCAGUGCUGAUGCCACUACACCACCAGUUGGCCUAGUGGCCAGGGCCUGAAAUGAACUAUUUACUCUUUUCCAUAGAUGCUACCUGACCUGCUGAGUUCCUCCAGCAUUUUGUUUGAGCUGCUUUGGAUUUUCAGCAUCUGUAGAUUUUCUUAUGUUUCUCAUUAAACGAUGAUUUGUAUCCAAAA